AAGUUGACGCAGCUCCAGGAAAUUGGACCGUCCGAAGAGGUUCAAGUUUCACCACAAACAUGAGUACUGCAACUUUCAGAGACUGCCAGGCAUGGAGGGCAGAAGGUCUUCCACUGUCCACCACCAGUAAUGAGGCUUGCAAACUAUAUGACGCCAUACUCACCCAGUAUGUGAAAUGGCGGAAUGAUGAAACCUUGGGAGGAUUUGAAGGAUGCAUUUCUGCUAUCAAGGCAGCUGACCCUAACUUUGUUAUGGGCCAUGUGAUCAGUACGGGGCUGGAGCUGGCAGGAACGGCGAGCUCAACCCGUCUGAAUGAACGUCUGGCCAGCGCUGUGAGGCGAACAGUGGACCUGGCCAACAGCCAGGACAUCUCUCCCAGAGAGAGGCUCCAUGUCAAGGCUAUGGAGCACUUCUCACAUGGAAAUUUCUCCAAGGCCAGCGAUGUAUGGGAAGACAUUCUGGUUGAUCACCCCACUGAUAUUCUGGCUCUCAAGUUUGCUCAUGAUGCCUACUUCUACUUGGGAGCCCAAAACCAGAUGAGGGACUCUGUGGCCAGGGUGCUGCCCCACUGGAAACCACAUAUGCCUUUGUCUGGCUAUCUGAAAGGACUGUAUUCCUUCGGCCUCCUGGAGACUCGCUUCUAUGACCAGGCUGAGAAAGUAGCCAUGGAGGGCCUCGCUCUGACUCCAGAUGAUGCUUGGUCUGUCCACGCUGUAGCCCAUGUUUAUGAGAUGAAAGCGGAGGUGGACAAAGGCUUGAAGUUCAUGGAGGGUAGAGAGAAAGACUGGCAGGUGUCUGACGUACUGGCCAGUCAUAACUAUUGGCAUUGGGCUCUAUACUUCAUCGAGAAGGGGCAAUACGAAUCCGCUCUGCAAAUAUACGAUUGUCAGGUAUUCAGACGUUGUAAAGACACAGGAUCCAUGUUGGACACUGUAGAUGCUUGUUCAAUGCUCUGCAGACUGGAAAUGGAGGGGGUGUGCGUGAAGGACCGCUGGCGAGAACUCCUCCAGAUAACACAGCCUCACACCGACGACCAUGUGACGUUGUUUAACGACCUCCACUUCCUCAUGGUGUCGCUGGGAGCUAAGGAGAGCGGUACCUCGCGGCGUCUGCUGGAGGGCCUCCAGGAAUUGGCUAAAGAGCCAGGGGACAAUCAGCAACAUCAGUUGGCUGGGACUGUCGGUAUACCAAUGUGUCAGGCCAUGAUGGAGUACAACCAGGGCAACUACGAUCGAGCUGUGGAGCUACUGCACCCUUUACGCUACCGCAUGGUAGAUAUAGGUGGCAGUGAUGCGCAGAGGGAUGUCUUCAAUCAACUGCUUAUUCAUGCAGCCAUGAAGUCGGAAAAUAAACACCACCAGAAACUGGGAAGAUGUCUUCUGGUGGAGCGCGAUGCCAUGAGGCCGGACUCCCCUCUGACUGAUCGCCUGAUGCAGAGAGCCCUGGCUCUUCACAACUAGACUGACUGCAAGGUGCGCAGAGCAGUUCCUAUGCAAAAAACAUCAAAGCAACACCAUAAUCUGAUGUGCUGGCGUUUGGCUUUAGGAGACCCCUUUGCCAACUGGCAGGACUUUGGCACUGUUGUCAAAACAUCUGAAAAGUUUUAUACAGCCCUCUCGCUCAUUGCCCUUUUAGAUUGCUGACCUGUAAAGCUUUGUAAGUGAACAAAUUUGCACAUCUCUCUUCUCUUAUGAGCUAAUAUUAAUCACAGGUUGCCAAUUUUCAUUAUGUGAGUCGAUUCUUUUAGCUAACAAAACUUACACCUUUAAUCAACUUACAACAGUGUAACUUUCUUCUUCCUUUGAAUUUUAUUAGCAAACAUCACAUUUAAAUAUAAAUACUUUUCAGAAAUAAAAUCUGCAUGUCAAGAUCAAUACAAAAACCAUUUUCAAAACUAAUAAAUAUACACUUUGCCCUUUG